UUAUGGAUUGAAAGAGGAGGAUGGAGAGAUGACUGUUAUAUCGAAAAAAGAGGAGGAAGAAGAGGAGGAAACUGGAUAUCUGGGCCCGGUUUCCCAAACGCAUCUUAAAGCAUCCAAUGGUUCUAAUGAUGAAUUUAGCCAUAAGAUGGUUUUGAGAAACCGUUCCCUGAUUAACACUCGUGAGAGAUGUGACAAUCGUGGAUCCUCUGUGGAGCCUCAACAACAUCAUGAUGCUGAAGAGGCAGAGAAGAGUCCCUUCAGAUCAGAACAUGAGAAACACCAGCAGAGACCCACAGAGAAGAAAUCUAACUGCUGCUCUGACUGUGGGAAAAGAUUCAACUCUUCAGUAAAACUUCAAAUACACCAGAGAACACACAAAGGAGAGAAAUCUUUUAGCUGUGAUCAAUGUGGGAAGAGUUUUACUACAUCUGGCUCUCUGACUUUACACCAGAGAACACACAAAGGAGAGAAACCUUAUAGCUGUGAUCAAUGUGGGAAGAGUUUUACUACAUCUGGCUCUCUGACUUUACACCAGAGAACACACACAGGAGAGAAACCUUAUAGCUGUGAUCAAUGUGGGAAGAGUUUUACUACAUCUGGCUCUCUGACUUUACACCAGAGAACACACACAGGAGAGAAACCUUAUAGCUGUGAUCAAUGUGGGAAGGGUUUUACUACAUCUUGCCAGCUGACUAUACACCAGAGAAUACACACAGGAGAGAAACCUUAUAGCUGUGAUCAAUGUGGGAAGAGUUUUACCACAUCUGGUCAUCUGACUUUACACCGGAGAACACACACAGGAGAGAAACCUUAUAGCUGUGGACAAUGUGGGAAGAGUUUUGGUCAAUCUAGCCAGCUGACAUUACACCAGAGAACACACACAGGAGAGAAACCUUAUAGCUGUGGACAAUGUGGGAAGAGUUUUGGUCAAUCUGUUAAUCUGAAAGUGCACCAGAGAAGACACACAGGAGAGAAACUCUACAGUUGUGAUCAAUGUGGGAAGAGUUUUGUUACAUCUGACCAGCUGACUUUACACCAGAGAAUACACACAGGAGAGAAACCUUAUAGCUGUGAUCAAUGUGGGAAGAGUUUUACUACAUCUGGCUCUCUGACUUUACACCGGAGAACACACACAGGAGAGAAACCUUAUAGCUGUGGGCAAUGUGGGAAGAGUUUUGGUCAAUCUAGCCAGCUGACAUUACACCAGAGAAUACACACAGGAGAGAAACCUUUUACCUGUGGUCAAUGUGGGAAGAGUUUUUGUCAAUCUAGCAAUCUGACAGUGCACCAGAGAAGACACACAGGAGAGAAAUCCUAUAGUUGUGAUCAUUGUGGGAAGAGUUUUGUCAAAUCUGACCAGCUGACAGUACACCAGAGAAUACACACAGGAGAGAAACCCUAUAGCUGUGAUCAAUGUGGGAAGAGUUUUACUACAUCUGGCUCUCUGACUGUACACCAGAGAACACACACAGGAGAGAAACCUUAUAGCUGUGGGCAAUGUGGGAAGAGUUUUGGUCAAUAUAGCCAGCUGACAUUACACCAGAGAACACACACAGGAGAUAAACCUUAUAGCUGUGGUCAAUGUGGAAAGAGUUUUGGUCAAUCUAGCAAUCUGACAGUGCACCAGAGAAGACACACAGGAGAGAAACCUUCUAGCUCUGAUCAAUGUGGGAAGACUUUUCCUACAUCUAGCCAACUGACUGUAUACCAGAGAACACACACAGGGCAGAAAUCUUAUAGCUGUGAUCAAUGUGGGAAGAGAUACUCUGGUAAAAUAUCUCUGAUCAAACAUCAGAAAAUACAUGAAGGAGUUGUUUCAUGAUAUCAAUGAAAUAAUGUCACAAUGUAGAUUAUUUUAACAGUAGUAUUUUAAUAAAUGUCAAUGUAGAACCCUAAAUGUUUGCCCCCUGUUCAAUUGAUUUUAGCCUCAUAAUCCAGGCUCUGAAUUGAAAGAGUUACUAUUUAUGUGAUUGAACAAAAAGUGACUAACAAAAAAGAGUUUGUUACACUUACCACGUUGGUGACCCACUUCAAUCAAAAUGCAACACUUCAAAAUGAAUCACAAUGUAGCUAGCAGUUUACCACGUUGGUGACCCACUGGAAUCGCAAUGAAACACUCCAAAAUGUUUAGGUUUUCAAUAUAUCCCAAACUGUUUCUGCAUAUUGGUUAUUGAUUUGGACACGCCAAAACUGUGUUUUGACAUUGCUCUAUUCCCAUUUAGCAAAAUGUCAUUCAAAAGACGUUGAAAAUAAGACUAUGCCCGACAUCCAAUAUAUGUUCGGUUGUAGUUGAAAGUGAAAGUUGAAAAGAUGUAUUUUCGGGUCGUUUUUUCAAUGACUUGAAAACAGCUUAAUUUCAAAGUACUUGCAGCCUAUACACCUAUAAUCAAUUUUAUUAACAAUCUUACACCACCCUAGAAUUUCUUGACAACAUUCAAGUGCUAAUUGUCUUUAUUCCAAUACUGAAGAAGCAUGAUUCAAAUCACCUCAUAUUUCAAACAUCCAGUCUGAUGGAUUAUUUAUUGGAU